ACCUCCCUGAUUCCUAGUUAGACCAGACUGUGCGGUGCGCGUCUGACGGGCGGCCGGCGACGCCGAGCUCCGCGAAGAAAAGGUCCGCUCCGGCGGAUGGAGAUGGAGCUCCAAGCCAGAGUCCAGUGGACUCCGCCACAAGUGCUGAGUAGCCGGAUCCACGACCUCGACUGGGAGGAGGAGAAGGCCUGAGCCAACGUGAGGCCCCAGUCCGCCGCCAUCUCGAAAGAAGAGGGCGAGGUUGACGACGACGAGGAAGAGGGCGGGAACUGUCUCCGACCCCAAAGUGCCGCCGUCGGGGACUACGCCAUGGAGCUCCUCCAUGAUCAACACUGCAUCUUUCAGUAGGCCGGGGCAUAUUUUAUGUCGAGCUAAUGUUGGACCAACAUUGGCAUUUCACAACAUGACUUGGCCUGACAGGAGGACAAGGUGCAAGCACUGUCCAGGCCCUAUGCUUGAAAUGAAGAGAAUGAGAUGUGAAGAAAAUAGUGUCCCAUCUGUUAUUGUCCCUCUGUUGCUGUGUUUCCACCAAGGCCACUUUCCAGUACUUGAUAUCCAAAUUCGCUGGGCACAAGAUGCAGUGUGAUUUCCAAUGCUUGGGAACCUGGAGCUGGGGUGAGCAAAGUCAACUAGGUGUUCCUUCCUCUAACGACAACUUGCCUCUUAAUCAAUCAUCUCAUGAUCUGGAUCAGAUGCUCAUCUCACCGCCCUUCAACCGUGCAGGCAAUAUGUUGUGAACAAGCAGACAAUGGAGAGCUCAAACAUGAGGACAGGGGUUAUCAUUGAUCCGUUGGGUAAUGCUAUGAUCAGAUGGUUAAACGUGUCUGGGAGUCUGGAGGUGAGGUGAAGUCAACUUGCAUGUUAAUUAAUGGAUCACACGAUCUGAAUCUGAUACUAAACUCGACAGCACUUCAUCCGUGCAGGCCAGUUUGCCACCCACAAUGCAGACAUGACAGCCUCUUAAUCAAGCUCUACUAGCGAUGCCUCUUGGGUUGAGUGGCUUCUGUUGCAACUAACCACGAUUGCACAUGAGAAUGAUUCUUGUUGUCUGCUGGUUCAGCAGUGCAGUUGCUUCAACCUCUUUCGCUAUAUAAACAGGGAAGCCAGGGCUGGGAAGACAGUUUCAGCAGCUUCACUUCUCUUUCAUCUCCAGCGAAAGAGGCUUCAUAGCUUCUUUUCCAUUCGAAUCAUGGCCUGCCAUCUGAGAUCCGCGAGUGUGCCCUCAAGCCCUCGCUCCAACCAAACCGAUGUUGAGGAGCAGCUCCAGAACCUGAAGGCAACCAUCUCUGCGCCCUCUUCAACCAUCGAAACAAUAGUUGAUGGUCUAUCCAAGCUCGGGAGCAUCUACAGCUGCAUUGAUGAGCUCAUAUGCUUUCCCAGCAGCCAGCCUCAGCAGAGGAAGGUAGUGGAGGAAGAGCUUGAGUGCUCUCUCAUCGUGCUUGACCUCUGCAGUGCCAUGCAAGAGAGCUUUGCGGAGCUCAGGGCGAGCAUCCAAGAGAUUCAUUUGGCUCUCAAGAGAGGAGACGAUGUGGCUGUUCAGGCCAAGGCUAAGUCUUACUCCCGCUUGGCCAAGAAGGCGCAGAAGCAAAUCAAGAAGAUCAACAAGAAGGUUGCUCUUGACAAUGAAAGCUGCAGGAUGAUCAAGUUGUUGUCUGAAGCAAGAGAGAUCGCUCUAUCGAUGCUGGAAUCGACAUUGGACCUCCUCUCAAAGGAGAUCACGAUGCCGAGUGCUAGCAAGUGGUCUCUUGUCUCCAAGGCAUUCCAGAAGAAGCGAGUUACAUGCGAGGAGGGGCAAUUGCAGGUGUUGGAGUUGGAGAUUGUUGACCUUGAAAGCCAAGUUCAGAUUGUUUUUAGGAGACUGAUCCAAUGCAGGGUCUCCAUUCUGAAUACUCUUAGCCUGUAGAAAGAUCAUACACCAACCAACUCUGAUUCCCUGUGAUUAGCAUCCCGCCUUUUAGAGGAUUGGCUGAUCAUCAAAACGAUUUUGAUGUAUAUAUGAGACAAAGUGUACAGAAAAAAAAAUACUCGAUGAAAGAGCAAAGUUUUGAC